GGCUGGAAAGGAGCGGCCCGGGAUUGGCUCCGCACGCCGGGGGCGGGGCUUAGGGCCUGAGGUCCGCACUGUAAGUUCCCAGGCCCUCCCUGGUGCUCUAUCCCAGCGCGCAGCUCUGCGGCUUUGCCCGCGCUCUUCAAGCUUCUCAACCUCGGACUAAGGAAAGAAUCUUGGAACAAGAACAAAACCCAUCACUGCUGAGAUCUCACCUUUCUGCCUGCAGUUCCCCAAAAGGACUUUCAUCCAUUUGAGAAGAAAGUGGGGUGUAUUCACACUCCUGUCUUCAUUGGGCCAACUCUGAUCACAUCUACACUCUAAUCUUUAGUUUUUGGCAAGUGUGGUCAUCUCAACAGCGCCCCCUGGAGCCAGUUUUUGGGCUGACGGUGUUGGGAGGGUACUGAGGACCGAGCAGCCGGGGCUGUGUGUUAAAGUCACCAUGUCCACCAAGGUCCCCAUUUAUCUGAAACGUGGCAGCCGCAAAGGCAAGAAAGAGAAACUUCGGGACCUGCUGUCCUCAGACAUGAUUAGCCCACCACUUGGGGACUUCCGUCACACUAUUCACAUUGGCAGCGGUGGUGGUGACGACAUGUUUGGGGACAUCUCCUUCCUGCAGGGCAAGUUCCACCUCCUUCCAGGAACAGGAGUGGAGGAGGCUGAGGAGGCUGGCAGCUUCGACCUUCCCUUCCAGUUCACUCGUACUGCCACAGUGUGUGGGCGAGAGCUCCCCGAGGGGCUGUCACCUCUGCUCAAAAACGCCAUCUCCCUUCCUGUCAUUGGUGGUCCCCAGGCCCUCACCCUGCCCACAGCCCAGGCCCCGCCUAAGCCCCCUCGUUUGCACCUGGAGUCACCACAGCCUUCUCCAAAGUCCUCCCCACAGGAAGCAGGAAAUGUGGACAUCUGGAGGAUUCCAGAGGCUGGCUCGCCCCACAAUGGGAUGAGCCCAGAGCCAGAGGCUGAGGAGCCUUUUCUGUCCCAUGCCAGCUCCCUGCUGUCUCUGCACGUGGACCUGGGGCCUUCUAUCCUGGAUGAUGUCCUCCAGAUCAUGGAUCAGGACCUGGGGCGUGUGCAGAUCCCCACAUAGGACCCUUGGCUGACCAGACAGGUCACCCAGGCUGUGGUGAUGCCUGGAGACAUCUGUGGACAUAGCCCUGAUCUAGGAGUCAGGAUGCCAGGUCCCACCUAUGGGUGCUGGCCUGUGACUGUCACUUUGAGCCUUUCUUCCCUUCCCUCCUCCCAAUGGACAGAGUGCAUCUUUGCUGUCCUCUCACAACAUCCACAGGGACCCAUGCAAAACUUGCCCCAGACACUCCUGAGCCUCUUAGGUCAUCUGGACCCUCACUUCCAAUUGUCCCCUCUCCCUCAGGUCCCUUCCAGGGAAAAUUCUGCUGAAAUGGACUCCAUCCCCUUUCCAAUUACCCUCCACCUCAGCAUCAUUGGAUACCCUUCCCAUCUGUCUUUGUGUCCUGGUCUGGGAGCAUGUCAUCCAUGACCAGACAUGUUAUGCCUUGUGUCCUGUCCCAUCCCUUCUUCACAUGACCAGGGGAUUCUGGUUGCAAUAAAACAUGCUGCUGCUGGUGGCUGAGCAUCCUGUA